GCGGGAGGUGGCGCCCGGGGCGUCUCCCUCGGGCACCGAAAGGGGGACUCGGCUCGGGCCGGGCGCGCGUGGUUGCGCGUGUGUGCCUUGCAACUCCCAGAGUCACCUCUUUUCCUUUUUUUCCUUUCCUUUUUUUCUGCAUUCACACAAGAUGGCGAUGGAGGAGGGGAGGCAGCAGCGGCAGCAGCCCUUCGCUCGCGCGCGCGUCUAACCCUCGCGCGCCAGCCCCAACAGGCGAGCCGCGGAGCAGACUCCGGCCGCCGGGGUUGCUGCCUCGCUCGCUCUCCCGCUCGCCGCCACCUCCUCCUCCCGGCGCCCCCUUUCGCACACCCGGAGCUCCGAAGGGCUUACAUGGCGCUAGAGGGACUGUUUGGCCUCGCGAUUCUUGCCUUGACCUUGACUGUGGAAGGGGAACCAUCUCCAAGGCCUUCUCUGGAGCUGACCUGCGGGCUGGGCCCAGGCCGAGUGACCUUAGAGCCAAACCAAACCCUGGAGCUGCGCUGCAACUUGGCUCCCGUUGAGGAGCUCCUCAACAUUACCUGGAAGAAGAAUGGGCUCCCAUUAGCGGAAAAGGACAACUUCCGCCUCCUCCCCAAUGGAUCUUUGCUCAUUUCGUCACCAGGGGUGUCACCUUCAGCGGAGGGAACCUUCCCAGGAGGGUCCAGCGCAGAGGGGAAUUACUCCUGCGUUUCCCAUGGAUCUUUCGGCUCGGUCACUGGCCAGACCGUUGUACUUCGUGCGUCAACUUUGUCUCAAUUUUUUCAACAUCCAGAGUCCCAGACGGUGAAAGAAAAUGGGAUGGCUCGCUUUGAGUGUCGGAUCAAAGGGCUGCCUCCUCCAGUGAUCACCUGGGAGAAGGACCAUGUGGCUGUGCCUUCAGAGGCCAGGUUCAUUGAACUCCCCAACGGGGUCCUUCAGAUCAUAGACGUGCAGGAGAGUGAUGCUGGAAUGUACCAUUGUGUGGCAACCAACUGGGCAGGGCAACGCUACAGCUCUGGAGCAGUUCUCAGCAUCUCGAAAGGGCACCAGCUGCCUGCGACAGGGGAUGUUGCCUUCAUCGCCAUGCCGGAGAACGCGACUGUCGUGGUUGGAGAGAGCGCCGUGAUGGAGUGCAUGGCAUCUGCCAGCCCCACACCAUUUGUCUCUUGGAUACGGGAUGAUGGGGACCCUAUUUCCACAGAUGUGAUUGUGCUGGGACGGACCAACCUCUUGAUUCCUCAUGCCCAGCUCCAUCACUCAGGGAUCUAUGUCUGCCGUGCCAAUAAACCCCAGACCAGGCAGUUUGUAACCGCUGCGGCUGAGCUCAGAGUUCUUGCUCCCCCUGUCAUCUCCCAGGCUCCGGAGACCAUUUCUCGCACCCGUGCCAGUACCGCCAGGUUUGUGUGCAAAGCAGAAGGAGAGCCGUCCCCCAGCAUCCACUGGAUGAAGAACGGAGAGCCUCUCUUGUCCAAAGGGCGGGUGAAGAUGCAAAGUAGCGGCACCCUGGUGAUCAACCAGAUCGGGCUGGACGACGCCGGCUAUUACCAAUGCGUGGCAGAGAAUCACCUGGGCAUGGCGUGUGCUGGGGCCAGGCUGGUGGUGAUCGUGCGGGAAGGUUUGCCAAGCGCCCCUAAGAGGGUGUCUGCCAGUUCUCUCUCCAGCACGACUGUCUUGGUAUCCUGGGAGCGUCCAGAGUUCAACAGCGAGCGGAUCAUUGGCUUCUCACUCCAUUACCAGAAGGCUUCGGGCGCUGACAAUGUGGAGUACCAGUUCGCGGUGAAUAACGACACGACAGAGUUCCAGGUCAAAGAUCUGGAGCCCAGCACCAACUACGUUUUUUACGUGGUGGCGUAUUCGCAGCUCGGAGCCAGCCGAACCUCCUCUUCCAUCAACGUACAGACACUGGAAGAUGUUCCCAGCACAGCUCCUCAGCUGUCUCUUUCCAGCAUAACACCGAUGGACAUCAAGGUGACUUGGCUGCCUCUCCUUCCGGAACUCAGCAAUGGCAGAAUCACCAAGUACAAAAUCGACUACGCUCCCCUCAAGGAAGAUCUGAUUUCCUCAACCGAGGUUGGUGCGAAUGAGACCCAACUCACUCUACACGGCCUGCACCCUAAUAAAUCCUACAAAGUGCGCAUUGCAGCGAGUACAAGCGUGGGCUAUGGGGCCCCUUCAGAAUGGACACAGCACCGUACCCCGGAUAGAGACAACCAGACUCAUGUUCCGUUUGCCCCGACUGAGUUAAAAGUCCGAGCGAAAAUGGAGUCCCUUCUGGUGAGUUGGCAACCUCCAGCUAACCACGCCCAGAUUUCAGGCUACAAACUUUACUACCGCGAAGUGGCCACAGAGGAGACGAGUGAGGAGAACCUCUCCGAAGGUCCCGGGGAUGGCGCUUGGGAUGUUGGGCCGAUAAAACUGAAGAAGAAGGUCAGGCAGCAUGAACUGACAGAGUUAAUUCCUGGGAGACUCUACGAAGUGAAGCUGGUGGCGUUCAACAAACAUGAAGAUGGCUACGCUGCAGUUUGGAAGGGAAGGACCGAGAGGGCACCUGUAACCGUAGCAGACCCUCCACUUCAGAAGGGCCCACCACUGCCCCCGGCCCACGUCUACGUGGAAUCCAACAGCUCCACGUCAAUUUGGUUGAGGUGGAAGAAGCCCGAUUUCACCACUGUGAAGAUCGUCAAUUACACCGUGCGGUUCAGUCCCUGGGGGCUGAAAAAUGCCUCGCUUGUGACUUACUACACAAGCUCUGACGAAGACAUCCUCAUCAGUGGGUUGAAGCCGUUCACCAGAUAUGAAUUUGCUGUGCAGUCAAAUGGCAUUGGCGUCGAUGGGCCAUUUGGGAACGCGGUGGAAUGGUUCACCCUUCCAGACAGGCCGUCAACUCCUCCCUCUGACUUGCGGUUGCACCCCAUCAACCCAUAUGCUGUCCAGGUCCACUGGUGUCCCCCCUCUGAGCCAAACGGCAUCAUCGUGGAGUACGUCAUCCUGUACAACGCCAACCACACUCAACCCGAUGAGAUGUGGACUCUACUGACAAAAGAAGGCAAUACGUUCAGCACCGAAGUCCACGGGCUGGAGAGUGACACCCGGUAUUUCUUCAAGAUGGGAGCCAAGACGGUGGUCGGGUCAGGGCCGUACUCCAACGUCAAGGACGUGCAGACCUUGCAGGAGAAGUUCUCAGAUAUGCUGGACGUUCACUCUGUCACGGGGAUCAUCGUGGGAAUCUGCCUAGGCUUGCUGUGUGUCCUCUUCUGCAUGUGCGCCAGCUUUCGCAACAACAAACCAAGGGAGUCUGUGGCAGGCCUGGUUUCCCAAGCAGCCGGGAACCACACCUACUAUCACCGGAGCCGGCAAACACCGUCCCUUCCUGUGGCCCCCUCCAACUCUCAUGAACUGGAGUCCCUAAUGACCCCGCUCUCUGAUGAUGCUCCCUCACCACCGGCAGACAUCAUGGAGCUGACUGAAGUGCAGGGCCUCAUUCGUGGUUGCCCCCUGGAUGACAGCACGGGCCACGUCAAAAGAAAGCCUCCCUGGGAGAAAUCGCUGAGCAGCUGGGCAAACAGCAUCACUGGCUAUGGAGACACAGCUCCCAAAGAUCCCACCAUGGCUUUGAACGGAUCAUUGAAGAUGGCGUCCAACGGAGGGCAAAAGGUCUUGCUGCAAGCGCUGGUCUACGAGGUUGUUACGAACGACGUGAACAAGGAACACGCCCUCAGCAGCCUCAACCAGAUGGAAGCAGAGGUCAUUGUCCACUCCGACUUCUCAGCCUCUGACCGAGAUUAUGACUCCCAGCUUUGUGUGCUGGACGGGGAACCUGUUCUCUCCGAGGACUGUGAACGGGAACACCUCCAUGCGGACGACUCGUCACGGCAGGUGUCCCCCAGCCUGAGCCUCACCAAAGUGUCCCGGGACCAAGAAAAUGAGAGCGACCCUGAGGCCCACAGUGUGUUGCUCAGGAUAGAUGGGCAGGCCCACAACAUGGCCACGGAAUUUCUUGAGACAGACACUGGCUUCCCCAGGCCUGGCCAAAGCCUGGACUCGGCCGAGAGUGGGGACUCUGACUCCCUUCCAGAAGGGGGAGAAGAUGCGCAAGCCAACCUGCGCAAGGCUUUCCCAACAGGCCAGUCGCAGGCCCUCUUGUGUAGCAGCCUCUCUAGUAUAAUCAAUUCACCCUCAGUGUUUGAGAGUGUGGCCUGCGUCCACCAUCUUUGAAGAGGGCAUUGACUAUAAACCUUUGACCAGAGCAGAGCUUAGAAGUAACCUAAUACCUAUUAAAUAAGGCUUAGCCAUCAAA